GUAAAUGUGGGAUAAGGUGCACGAGCCCAUUAAACGAAUAAACACAAAGCCUUGUGACAGCGAUGCGAACAUCAAGGCCCACUUGUAUCGGCUGUUGGAGAAGUCUGGUGAACUGGACGGUCUCAAAAGCAGGCUACGAAGUAGACUUAUUUCGGAGAUGACUAAGAGUGUCCAAUGUGGAGUCAGAGAAAGAGAGAUUCUUAGCAGGUCCCAGAACUCGAAAUCAAUGUACCCGGACCUGGUGAACUCUCUUAUCGCUGAUUACUUACAGACACAUGAUCUAACAUACACCUUGAGUGUCUUCCUCCCAGAAGUUCGGAUGGGGCAAGAUAAGGUUCUGCGACCGAUUGAAAUCAUGCAUGCUCUUGGUUUGGAGCGUAAAAUGCAACAGACGGAAUAUAUACUGAGCGCACCUGGGAAAGGGCCAAUGUCCCUUUCUGAGCAAAUCUUAUAUCUUCUUUCCCGGCUGUGUACCAAACAAACUGAAGAUAAGGAAGCUCAAACCGAAGAGAUGUCCGACGUCAAUGAGGUCUUGGACAAAAUUGAGCAUACUUACGAGACUCGCCGCCUUCUCGACGUAAAUGCAUCCAGAAAUGCGUUUGAUGAACGUGUGCACAGUUAUCAGGAGUUGCUGCAGCGACAGUCAAAAUUGGAAUUAGAUAAAAAGAUGGAAAUUUUCAAGGCAACACAAAUGGUGCAGCUGAAGGAAGCACUAGAGCGAGAACAACUGGAAAAAUUCCAAAAGUAUCGAAAAGAACUUGAGGAAGAGCUACGUGACCGUAUACAGACUUUGACGCAGCGGGAGCAUGAACUCGAAGAAAGAGUCUCAGCUGCUAACAAGUCCAUCGAUCGGGAGGCUUACCAUCACCGACAGAAGAUAGAGACCGAGACACAGUUAAUACAACUACAAGCUGCUAAUUUGAAACAAGGUGAAGAAAAGCUACAAAGUGAAAAGCACAGGAUGACAGAAGAGUGCAAAAAGCUGGAAGAGGCGUUGGAACUACGAGAGAGAAAAUUGCUCGAAUCUGAAAAGAAUUUGGACCAACGGAUUUUGGAAGAGGUUUCGCGUCUGCGGAAUGAAGAUGAAACGCGACUGAUUAAAACAAAAAAGGAACUGGAACUUAAGGCUACCCAACUUGAGGACGAGAAAAAAUUCCUAGAGACAGAAAGAAAUGCAACCGAAGCCAUCAAAGCGGACCUCAUGAAACAACGGAAGAAGUAUUCAGAACUGGAGAUAGUGGAUUUUAAUCAGCUUAAGGAACAAAACAAUGCACGUUGCAGGGAUUUGGAGGCUUUGCAAAGUCGUCUGUCGGAAGCCUUCAGGGAAAUCGAAAAACAUAAGCAAGCUACCGCCACUGCUCAGGCGGAACUGGAAGCAACCAAUAUCCUCCGUCAAGAAAUUCAGCGGCUGCGUGCAAGCCUGGUCCAUGAGAGAGCAAUGUUUGAUCAGGAGCGCACGCAAUUGCAAUCAAGGUUGGAAGAAACUAUGAAAGAGAAACAGUUGAUCUUCAUUCGUCUCACUGAAAGAGACACCGAACUCUCUGGAUUGCGAGUGCAGCUGUGUGAGUUGCAAAACAACGUGGCUUCACGUGGAUCUCGCAUGUUGCGCACCCGCCAUUCAAAGACGACACUAACAAGGGAAGCACUUUCGUCAGACGUUUCUGAAGAACGUGAAAAUUCUCUGGCAAGUGACACAGAAUCGGAAAUCUCCAAAGCACUGUGCACUGGGGCUCAGUACAAAGGUCAAGCAGACUAUGGUAAAACGAGUCUCUUUCCACACAGCGCUGAAUGGGCACUGCAGUUGAAAAAGACAAGGCACAGAUUGAAUCAGAUUCAGUGUGAAUCUGAGCAACUGGAGUCGGCCUACUGCCGUUGGAGAGCUUCAAGCUCUCAGCAGCUAGGCAGAGAGCGAUCUAGCAUGGACAACUGGCCAUUCAGUAUGUCAAUGGCGAAAAAUGAUCAAAAUUACGAUUAUUAUCCGUUCAAGUCAAACCCCCUGGCAACACAGCCCAACUUUGAUCCGGAUAUUGUGAAAACGAGGGUGAAUGAGAAACGUGAACCGGAUUUCAAGGACAACAUCAACCCUGCUAAUCCCGACAUCCUCCUUCAAAUGGCUCCACGCUUGCUAGUCACCACACCGGCGACUUCAGCUAAUUUACAUCAGUCGCGCAAGCAGACGCAGGAGGCUACUACCGAACAAGCAAAUGAUGCAGGUAUCGUAGAAUGGCCUGCUUCUGCAGAGUCAACCCCCAGCGUUGACAUUGGUGAUUCGGAGUGUCUCAAACCGCCAACAUGUGUUAACUUUACUCAAGGCCAUGCCAAAGAAUGUGAUGCAAAAAGUGUCUCCAGUCACUCGACACAACCACCACAUCGCAAUCUUCCGAGCUUGAAGCAUUCGGCUAAGGGGGACGAUCCAAACUGUUCCUCUCCUGUUAUGAAUGUGUCUUUGCAUGGUGCAACUGAAGUAAAAGAAGCAGGAAUUUGUGCUGCUACUCCACCAGGAAUGCCGCGGCGUACUCCCGAAUUGGAGCAUCAGAUCCCUUGUGGACGGCCUGCACAGCCGGUUAUUUCCGAGGACCGAUCACACACUGCAUUAGACAUUCAAACUUCAAGCCACACCGGACACGAAUUGAAGCCCAAUAAUAUGAAUAUACAGACUGACGAACGUGUUGCACCAUGCGACGUUGUUCACGGAUCUGGAACACCGGAGGAAGCUGACACAUUUCCUUCUAUUUAUAAUAUCGAAGCUGCUGCUUCGCCUGCCGAUGGAACAACUCCAAUAGACAUAAUGGAAAAAUACUUACAUUUGAGUCAAGGACGGCAUACUGAGAUGGCAGUAACGCAAGCCAAUAAUGAAUCGGAAGGGUGUCACGCGAUGACAUUCAGAGAGUUCCUCGGUGGACGGCAAAGCACUACUCCUAGCACCGAACCCGAAUGCAAUAGCGAAAAGGCGUGUUCUUCUUCCCUGAUGUCCGGCCCAGGCCACACUGAAUCAACUCGAAACAAUAGCGAUUCUAACGAAAAGUCUGACGAACUGUGGUGAAAAUGUUGAACACGAAAUCACUGCGAACACCCACAUGCGACGCUAUUACUACCCAUGCAAAUUCGCAUACAGGCCAGCCAAAAAUCUUUGAUUAUACAUACAAUAAAGAUGUCGAUUGUG